GAAAUGUGUGCUAAACUCGUUUGCAUCAUGACCUAAAUAUGGCUAAUCGCUGUUGUAUUCUCUUCAAAAGUUCGAGUUACCUCAUAUAAAAAUUAAUGCAAAAUAUUUUCAGUGUAGACGAAUCGGUACCACUGAACGUACUGUUGUCAAAUUUGACAUUUAAACCUGCUGUUUUCUCUUCAAUGUUUUCGUUUUAAUUUAUUCGCACACGUGUGGAACUCUCAAGUUAUUUGGUUCAAAAUAAUUUAAAAUAAUCUUCGUAGAAAAUAUAUUUAAAGUGUCGCAAUGACAAUACAACUUGAUAAACGCGGCUUAAUGUCGCUAAUGCGUACGGAGAAUGAACGUAUAAUGGAUAUGUUGCUUACUUAUAAUGUGCCAGAUUCAAUUGAAGAUAUCCAAUAUGAUGAUUAUCUGCUUGACAAUGAUAAGUCUGCUGCUAAAGCGAAAAAUGCGUUGGGUAUCCGAAAGGCAGCACCGAUCGACGAAUUACAGGAUCGACUCAAUAUUAUAAAAAAUAAAAUGAAAGCUAAAAAACGACCAGCCUCGGAGCGAUCCCAAAAGAAACGAGAAGCUAAAAAGCUAAGAAAAAAUAAAGAAGUUAAGAAAAUUUUGGUUUCCGCAGCCAAAUCCAUCAAAAACGAACAUCAAAAACUCCUUAAUGCUGAUGACGACAGAAAUGAGGAUAAGAAAGAUAUUAAGAAAUUAGUGCCUAAACCCGUCUUUAACGAGGAAGGUAAAAUUGUGUUUUCUAAAUUCGAUUUCGCAUCACAUCCCGGCGCUAAAGUAAAAAAGUCACAUCAAAACCCUCGUGAGAUUUUAAAGAAAAUCAAGGAAACAGAUAAGAAAAUAAAUGAACUUAAGGAAAAGGGCGAAGUGGAGAAAGCUUCAGAAAUAAAAAAUGAAAUUGCCUGGAAAAAAGCUUUUGAUAAAAUCGAAGGUAAAAAAGUAAAGGACGACCCAAAGUUGCUCUACAAGGCCAUUAAGAAGCGAAAGGUAGAGAAGAAGAAAUCGAAAAAGGAGUGGGUGGAUCGUAAACAAAAGGUCGAGUCAGGAAUAGAACAAAGGCAAAAGAAACGACAAGAAAACCUCAACAAGCGCAUCAAGGACAAAAAAACCAAGAAGCUGAAGAAGUUGUCCAAAAAGGGAAGGGUGAUACCGGGUUUUUAAUAGCGUUAAGAAAAUACUUGUAGAUUCUAAUAUAAUAAAUUAAUACUUUUAGAAAUUACA